CAGUAGUAGCCAGCACCAUUUCAAACGGAUAAAACUGCAGCAGUGUCAUUCUCAUUCAACACUUCUCCCAUGGCUCACUUAGCAAAUUUACAUGGAGCCUCUGAGACCCUACCAUCCAUCUUUAAGCUUAGGGGCGAUCUCCGAAGGACCAGAAAAAGAGUGACCAUAAUUGGAUUUCUUUGCAAGAAAGCUGAGCAGAUUCAAGAACAAUCAUUCCAAGCUACAAGAAGAUCAGCUCUAGGCCUGUCCUCAAUAGCCAUUCUUGGGAAUUCUGGGAUUGGCCCUGCUCUUGCUGAGGACAAUGGAUACUGGCUCACAGGCCCUUUACCGGUCCCAACGGUCGAUAACGACAUCGUGAAUAAGGAGACUGGCACUCGUUCUUUUCUCAAGAAAGGACUGUAUAUUGCGGAUGUGGGAACUAAAGGGAGAAUGUUGAGGCUAAAGAAAUAUGCAUUUGAUCUCAUAGCAUUGGAGGACUUGAUGGACAAAGAUGCCUGGAACUAUUUUACGAAGUACCUGCGCCUUAAGUCCACCUUCAUGUACUAUGAUUUUGAUAAAUUAAUCUCUGCAGUGCCGGUUGACGAGAAGCAGCCUCUCACUGAUCUGGCGAACAGAUUGUUCGACUGUGUGGAAAAGCUUGAAGAUGCUGUGAAGAUUCGUGAUAUUUCCCAGACGGAAUCACGCUACAAAGACACGAAGACUGUUCUCCAAGAGGUCAUGGAUAGGAUGGCAUAACAAGAAUCUUCAAAACCAGCUGAGCUGGUUCAGGGGAAGAGAGAAACAACACAUGACACAUCUCUGUUUCAUGGUGCACUUCAGUUGUAAGGCAAAUGAACUUUUGAUUGAGAAGAAGGCCAGUGAAUGACUUCGGCUUUUAAAUGCUAAGUUUCAUUUAACAAUAGGGAAACAGAUGACAUUGAUAUGAAUAUGUAAUUCAGUAACACAAUUUCGUGGGUGAAAUGUUACAAAUAAAUCAGUCUCAA